AAAAGUUAUACAUACAUACAUGUUAUUUUAUCGUGUUAAAGGAUAAGUUGCGGUUACGCAUAUACUUUGUUACUCAUCAUAAACGUUAAAUACACGUCCAUCUACAUUAUUAUUUGUUAAACGUUGACACACGUUUAUUUAACAAUACAAGAUGGGAAAGGGAUUUAAUAAUUACAUGUGCAAAAAAUUUUUCCAUCCAGCAUCCCGAGACAACUUGAAACGAGUAUGGAUGGCUGAACAACAAGCAGAGGCUUAUAAGAAAAAGCAGGAAGAAUUACGUGUUCAAUAUGAAAAGGAACAGGAUCUUCACAAUAACAAAGCUUUGUUGAGUAAAGAAAGCAAGGAUAAGCUUAGCGUAAAUUUUAUGUAUGAACCGCCACCUGGAGCAAAAAAAGAAAGAGAGAAAGAAGAUAACGAGCCAGAGUAUAAAUUUGAGUGGCAACGCAAGUACAAUGCACCAAGAGAAAGUUAUUGUAAAGGAGAUAGUGAAAUAAGAGAUCAACCAUUUGGUAUUCAAGUACGAAAUGUUCGUUGUAUCAAGUGUCAUAAAUGGGGACACAUAAAUACAGAUAAAGAGUGUCCUCUGUACAGUCAAGCAAUGAGUGUAGUAAUGGCAAAUAAUUCACCAAGUACAUCUGCUCCAGAUGCUUUAGCAUUAGUGCAACAAAUGAGAGAAGAUGGAUUAGCACUCAAAAAAUCUGCUCUUAGUGCUCAACAACAUUUACGAGUCCCUGAGCAUGAACAUCUUAUGGUAUCAGAUGAUGAAGAGCAAUCUGAAAUUACAUUCUUGAAAACCUUGUCUAAAAAAGAAAAAAAGAAGUUAUUAUUGAAAUUACAACAACUUGAAAAAAAAACCAAGAAAGCAGAAAAGAAGAAAUUGAAAGAGAAACGAAAUAAACGCAAAAGAAGUAAUAGCGAAUCAGGAACUGACAGUAGUAGCAGCAGCAAUGAUAGCAGUAGCGAUAGUAAUACUAGUACUUCGAAUUCUAGCAUCAUAAGUAGUAAUAGUAGCUCCGUGAAUACCACUGAUAAAACUUUAAAUGAUUAUACGUCAAAAAAGCUUAAGAAGAAACAAAAGAAAAAGGAAAAAGCAGAUUAUAUUUCAAAUGGUGACUCCAUGAAUCGUCAUCGGAAAAAAGAGAAAGAUAGAACAGGUAAUCAUAAGAGAAGAAGUGAAUUUAAGCAUGAAAGGAAACCCAAAUACAAGAAAUAUUAUGGAAAAGAUGUGAAAGAAAGUAAAAAUAAAGAUUGUUAUAUCUACAGGAAAAGAAAGUUCAUAGAGUUUAACGAAGAUAAAAUCAGUGAAAAUCAAAACAAAAAGAGAACUAAACGAUCUUAAAAUUAAUUGUGUUUUUCCAUAUCAAAAAUACACGCGUGGUAUAAAGGCGCACGUUGUAUUUGGUAUUCACAUAAGUUGUGUGGAGUACGAGAAGUAUGAUAUAUGCAUAGUGAGUCACAUAUUCUAUGUCAUUCCAGAAGGUAUUAAUUGCAUUCCUUUUCAUAUACUUUACGAUCAAAAGUAUAACUCUCAGUGUGAAAGUUGAGAAUUUACGUUAUACAUAUACAUAAAAAUAUUUCGUAUACCGCGACUUAUCUUUCAAAACUAUAAAUGUUUCAACAAAUACGCUCAAUAGUUCAUUUCAGGUGUAAUAGUUUAAUCUGACUCACCUUGUAUAUUCAUAUAGAUGGAAUAAAAAGCACAAUGUAUGUAACUAUUUAAUAAAUUUCAAGUGAACAAUAGAAAUAAUAGUUUCAUAAAUAUAUAUUUCAGAUGGAACAAGAUUGUUUAAAUAAAUUUUUUACACAAAUGUUAUUUUAGACUUGUUAUUAUUUCAUCCGUAGAUGGCUAUAAUUGUUAUUUUAUUAUGAAUAUGUAACAUUAAUAUCAUUAAGUAUUAAUAGGACUUUUGUUUUCAAGAGAAUGUAACUGUUUAAUAAAUACAUAAACAGGAUUUCUAUUGUAAUAUUAUAUACACGAGAAUGAUUUAGUUUUAAAAUAUAGCCUAUGUCAAUUUAAGGUAGUACUAUAUAAUAGAUAAAUGUUUAUACGAAAUUAAGUGUCAAGCUUUUUGAUAUGUUCUAAUUACAGAUACCAAAACAGCGAAAUAGUCAUUAAAUUAAAUUGAACGAUACUAUUGGAUAUUUAGGCAUAUAUAUUUGAAAAUGCUUUGCUCACUUCUUAUCGUUAUAAGUUUGUCAUGAAAAGAUAUAUGUAGAAGUAAAUUCAUUAACGCAUUAUAUUUUAAAGAAAAAAAUGAGAAAGCAUUUUCAUACCUUCAUAUAUUUAUCUUACAAGAUGUUAAUUUCUCACUCUCAACAUUUUACUUUUACAACAUAAUUAACUAUUAACAAGAAUUUUACAUACUUAUUACUACACACGCAUGCGCAGAUGAGCGCGUAUAAGUCUUUCUAUGGAAAAUUUAAUACUAUCCAGCCGGUAGCUGUGAACACUUGGGCAGUUAAAAUUUUUGCAUAAUUGUCAUUUUCACAACGAUUAUAUGUAAAAAGUAGAAUCGGAUUGGUUACUGAAUAAAAACAAUGAUUUAUUGUUGUCUAUCGACGGAUGUAUUCAAAGUUAUGUAUGUACAUAUAAUUAGCGAAAGACGUAUAAAGACUAGCCACAAAUUUAUUCUUGAGUGAAAUGUACAUAUGAAUAAAUAAUUAAAUAAUUCAUCAAAUAUAAGUUAGAAGAAACAACAAAACAUUUUUUUCAAAUUUUAAUCAAAGGUCGUAUAAAAUAUCUCGAUUAAUUCUAUUUCCACUAAUCAUUAUUGUAAAAUAUAUUUUGAAAGUUUGAAUCCUAAAAUGGGAUAUCAUAUACGACCAUGAGAUAUUCUAAUUUUUUCCUCUUACAAAACGCUACCACUUGCGACGAUUACAACUAU